AUGGCUAAUCAAAGGAGUAAUGAAGCAGCCAUAAAGAAUUUAGAAAAUCAAGUGGGUCAACUUGCAAAGCAAUUGUCCGAGCAACAACCGGGAGCAUCCUUUUCCGCCAACACCCAAACCAAUCCAAAGGAGCAUUGCAAAGCCAUUGUUACAAGAAGUGGGAAGGAGGUGAAUAGUGGCAUAAAUGAAAAGGUUAUAGUGGAAGAUGAGGAGGAAAUAAUAGUUGAAGAUGAAGAGGAGGAAGUGACAGCUGAAAAUGAGGGAGAAAAGAGUGAGGAGAAGAUAGAGGAAGAAUUAGUUGAAAAAGAGCGGAAAGAAAAAGAAGAAAGAGAGAAAAAUGACAAAAAAGUGAAGAGGAAUAAAAAGAUAAAUGAGAAUGUGAGCACAAUUCCUCUCCAACAUCUACCUUACCCGCAUGUGCAAUCAAGGAAAGAAGACGCAAGGCGUUACGCUCGAUUUAUGGAUAUAUUUAAACAACUUCACAUAAAUAUUCCAUUUUCCGAAGCAUCGGAGAAAAUGCCCAAGUAUGCAAAAUUCAUGAAGAAGAUGCUCACAAAGAAAAAGAAGUACACGGAUGAAGAGACAGAAGCCGAUCCGGGACGAGUCAUUUUACCGAUCACCAUUGGAGGUAACUACAUUAGUAAUGGUUUGGUUGAUUUGGGGUCUAGCAUCAAUUUAAUACCUUUAUCCGUUGUCAAGAGAUUGGGGAACAUUGAGAUGAAACACACCAGGAUAACUUUGCAACUAGCCGAUAAGUCUAUCAUUUCACCAUAUGGAGUUGUACAAGACAUGCUAGUAAAGGUGGACAAAUUUUUGUUCCCGGUUGAUUUUGUGGUAGUCGACAUGGAGGAGGAUCGUGAUGUGCCAUUAAUACUUGGAAGACCAUUCAUGAAGACCACCCGAAUGAUGAUUGAUAUCGAUGAUGGGAUUAUGAAAGUAAGGGUGCAAGAUAAAGAGGUAAUUUUUACUCUUUUUGAGUCUAUGAAGCCUCCUAAGGAUGAACAUGACAACUUCUGA